CGGCUGUGACAUUAAGAAAUGUAUAGACAGGAAUUUACUUCCUAUUUCUGAGCCGGUUCAAGUUUCAUCUCGGCUUGAGUCUCCCCCAGAUUGCUCCAAAUGGUGCUUUUUCUCAGCGAGACAUGGCGGUGACUCAAAGGCCGAGCGAUGGGAGGCCAUCCUCUUGCUUUUUCCCUUUCUAAGACGCAGGACCGGCUCUCUGUCUGAGCCGCAGGCCGCAGCGUGGGGACCUGCGGAGACGCCGCAGCCACCUCUCAGCAGAGAGGCGAGAACCCCGUCCGCAGGCGGGAGGGCUCCUGAGCCCUCUCUCUGGGUGGCCAGCCCCCUGUCUUUCCGGAAGCCAUGGGUGUCUCCUCAGUUUCAGGCCAAGCCGUCUGUGUUUGACUCUGACAUCCCUGCCUGGGAACCCGUUGCUCUUCGUGAAGGUCACCCAGCGUCCUGGGUCACCCCUACCAUGUAGGAUGGAGGUGCCGGAACGUACCUGCCCCGCCUCACCUGCCAGGGACCAGCCGGCUCCGGCUCCAGGACCCCCAGGGGCCCCAGGUGGGCAGGCCUCCCCACACCUGACCCUGGGCCCCGUCAUCCUGCCGCGGGAGCAGGGCCUGGCCCCCACGGUGUUCCUGAAGGCGCUGCCCAUCCCACUGUACCACACAGUGCCUCCCGGGGGCCUCCAGCCGCGUGCCCCCCUGGUGACGGGCAGCCUGGACGGGGGCAGCGUGCCCUUCAUUCUCAGCCCCCUGCUGCCGCCGGAGGGACCUGGGCCUACCCAGAUCAGGAAGCCAGCGACCCCCACGCUCACCGUGAACAUCGUGGGCGCUCUGCCUGUCCUGUCGCCGGCCCCGGGGCCCGCGCUGGGCGGCCUGGGGAAGGCGCGCAAUGUCGGCAAGCACCUGUGCCCUCACUGUGGCCGGGACUGCCUGAAGCCCAGCGUGUUGGAGAAGCACAUUCGGUCCCACACGGGAGAGAGGCCCUUCCCGUGUGCCACCUGCGGCAUCGCCUUUAAGACCCAGAGCAACCUGUACAAGCACAGACGCACGCAGACGCACCUCAACAACUCUCGGCUGUCCUCCGAGUCCGAGGACGCCGGGCCCAGCCUCUUGGCGGACCAGGCUGGACAGGCCUCCAGGACGACUGGCAAGGGGGACAGCUGCAGCCUGGGUGGGGGCGGCGGGGCUCCGUCAGAGAGGCCCCUCUCUCCAGGCGUCCAGGGCGCCGGGCACUGCGCGGUGCCCCCCGUGCAUCUGUGUCCAGUUGCCAAGAACCUGGAUCCGAAGCUGGACGCUGCUUGCUGUCCAGGGUCCACACUGGCUGACAGAGAGGCCCCUUUGGACUCGCCCCACAUGGCUGCCGCCGGACCCCCCGCCGCCGGCUCACAGCCCAGGCAUAAGCUGUCGGAGCAGAAGUCCCCGGCCGGCAGGGCGUGCUCCCUGCAGCAGCAGCAGGUGACGCCCUCGGAGAAGCCCUGGGACACCAAGGCCGCGGAGGGCCGGCUGAGGAAGUGCGAGAGCACGGACUCGGGCUACCUGUCCCGCUCCGACAGCUCCGAGCAGCCGCUGGCCGCCUGCAGCCCCCUGCACAGCCUGUCGGAGCACAGCGCCGAGUCCGAGGGGGAGGGCGCCCCGGGGCCCGGGGGCGCCAAGGCCGAGCUGGGAGGGCAGGGGCCCGGCCUGGAGCUGGAGAAGCGGCGGCUGGAGGAACGCAUCGCCCGGCUCAUCUCACACAACCAGGCCGUGGUGGACGACCCCCGGCUGGACCACGUGCGGCCCCGCAAGACGGUCCUGUCCAAGCAGGGCAGCGUGGACCUGCCGGUGCCCUACACCUACAAGGAUUCCUUCCACUUCGAGAUCCGGGCGCUGGGCCCGGGCCGCCGGAGGAGGCAGGGGGCCCUCUGCCCUGCCCGCUCCGCCUGCACCGCCCUGGGCGAGGCCCGGCCCCUCUUCUUCCACUCCGUCCCCACUCAGCUCUCCACCACCGUGGAGUGCGUCCCCGUCACCAGGAGCAACUCGCUGCCCUUUGUGGAGGGCACCAGGACAUGGCAGGAGCCGCUGGGCCCCCGGGACAUUGGGCCCGGGAGGCAGAAACCUCUGAGCCCCAGGCCCGCUCCUGCCCGGCUGGUGGACAGCCCCAGCGGUCACCCCCGGGCCCUGGUCAGGCAGGUGGCGGUGGAGGACCUGCUGUGUCCCCCCACUGAAGACGCCUCGGCCCCUGCAGAGGACCUGCGCGGAAAGAGGGCGGUGGCCGGGGAAGGGGCGGCCAGCAAGGGCCGGGCGGCCAGGCAGACCCCCAGCCAGCGGAGGCCGAGGGUGUUCUCCCAGGAGAAGUGGCAGAUGUAUGGGAACGAGACGUUCCAGAAGGCCUACGGGAAGGUGCGCACCAGCCCCCAGGGAGGCAGGAAGGCCAGGGCGGGGAGAGUGGGCUGCGAGACCCCCCUGCACCUCCCUCUGCCGGAAGAGGGUUCGGGGGCCGAGGGUGCGGCCCCGUCCCGGUCCCCGUCCCAGGACAGGAAGACCCCUGUCUGUGGGGAUGCUUCUGUGGGGACCAAGCCAGGGCCUUGGGGAAGUCCCCCCGCCACAGAAGACUUCUUGGUGACCGAGUCCCCUGGACAGAGGGACACGGUGGCUGGAGCAGGAGGCAGUGACCAGCCCCGGGUGAGCAGGCCCACCUCACCCCCCACCCUCCGCGGCAGAGAACCCCCGCCUUUGGGCCACAAGAGCCCUGUGCUUCCUCCAAAUGGGAGGCUGGAGUUGGGGUGUCAGCUGCCCCCCGCACCUGGUCCCCCCAAAGAGGGGGACCUGGAGGCUCCCAGGCUGGAAGCAGGCGCCUGGGACAUUGGGGACACGAAGGAGCCCUGUCAGCGGGCCCUGACCGUCCCGAGAGAGCCCAGCAGCGGCUCUGGGGAGCCCGAGCCUGGAGAGGACACGCUGCCCUGGGAGAGGAAGACGCUGUGCUGCCCAGAGUCCGGGCUGCUGGGUGCGGGAGGCCAGACCCCAGGGGGCCCUGCACAGGCUGCCUCCCCGCCAUCCUGGGCCAAGGACAGUGACAACGGGGGCGGGCCGGGGGUGCUGCCCGGGAGUGCUGGCCGCACAGAGCAGGGCCGGGCCAGGCCCUGGGAGGCCUCUGCUUCCCCCGGGGCCCUGAGGCUGGCGGGGCCCAGGACAGAGGAGCCGGUGCCUGGUCCUGCAGCCAGGGCCCCCGGGGGUCCCUCCGUGGCUCCUGGUGCUUCUCCGGCCCUGACAGACCCUGCCUUUCCCCCCAAGUACCUCCUCAGGUUACCUCAGGGAGAGGCCCCGCCACCGCCUGGCGCCCAGGGGCCGGGGCCCAGCCAGGACCCUCUCUGUGGGAGCAGGCAGCCCGAGGACCCGGCCUCCUCUGUGGGGUCAGCGCUGGGGACCCUCCUGCCUCCCCGCCCCGCCGCAGGCCUGGCCUCAGGUGGAGCCGACUUCAGGGAGGACCCCAGCUGGUCCAGGCCCUGGGUCAGGAGCAAGGGGGUACUCGGCGACGAGAAAGGAGACUUGGGCACCGGCACCCCAGCAGCCCGGGAGUGUCUGGGCUCCAGUGCUGGGGCCCCCUGGGACACAGCCUCUGUCCUGCUCACCCGGACUUGUGACUCCCAGAGGAGUGGGACCCGUGACACUGGACACCUCUGUGCGGACAACACGUGGACCAGGGCCCGGCCCUCUGGGGGUGGCCUGAAUCCCUGGACACUCAACAGGGACGUGGCAGGGCCUCCUGGGAAUGCCCCCGAAGACGCUCCCCCAGGGCCCCAGUGUCCCCCUGCCCCGCCCCGGGGACAGCGCCCUGGAGGGUGCUGGCGCCUGGCGGGUGAGCAAGGCCGCGUCUGGACAGUGCACUGGGACCCGCCCGGCGGAAGGAGGGGACGCACGGCCGUGGAAGCUCUCCUACCCAACAGCCCCAGGGAUGACGUCCCGGGACCCGGGGUCCGAGCCAGGAUGCAGGAGAGGACCGCCCUGGCGGAGAAAGCCGUUCCGAGGGACCAGCAGGCAGAACACACGGAGAAGGUGCAGAGGGAGCUUCCAGCAAGGUCGUCUGCAGCUCCGAGGGAGCAGGCGACGCAGGCCACUCCGGGUGCUGAGAAAAGACCGCCGCCCUCCCCCGCUCGAGGGGCUGGACCCACGCAGGACCCUCGGGCAGGCUUCCUCAGACAUGGCAGGGCUACGUCUGCAAGGAGAGCCGCCGCGUGCCACCCCGGCUUCUCGCGGCUGUGGGACUGGCGAGGAGGAGGAGGAGGAGGACCGAAGACCAAUGGCAGAGGGCAGCUGUCCCGGCGCAAGUCCCAGGACGGUCAGGGAAAGGCGUGCGUGGCCCCUGAAGGGUCUCCUUCCGUCGGCCGGUGAGCAUGGCGACGGUCAUCCUCAGAGCACCGUGGUCGGGCCAGGAUGGUCUCUGCCCGCCGACCACUGCAUACAAGAGGCCAGCAACAGCCCUCUGUCGUGUGGCAAAGGUCUCGGCGUGGGGCUGCCCGAGACUCAGCGGCUGCCCUUCCAGGGGCAAGUAGAUCCCAAACCAUGUGCUCUCUCGAAUGCUCGAGAACCGUCAUCCUCGGAAUCCAAAGGACGGUCUCCUGGCCAUGACGUCGCUAUGUCCGUGUCUGCCGUGGGUCCUUCCCUGGGGGCGGGAGGAGGUCCCACAGCCCUGGGAACUCCGGGCGCAGAGCCCCAAGACCACGGCAGAGUUGCAGGGGGGCCUCAGACCCAGAGCUCCCUGGACAGAAAAGCUGUAGCCAUAGCCCAAGGCACGUCACCGUCACCGUCGCCAGGGAAACCUUCCCUUGGGCAAAGACCCCCAGGUUCGGUCCCACUGAGGUCACCUAGAAAAGCUCAUCUUGAAAUACCAGCUUCGGGACCAGGUCCAGCUAGUUCUCCCCAAGAGGAAGGGAUGCCCAAGUCACCUUUCCCUCCCGGGGGGCCACAGGGGUGUGGGCAAGUCCCUGUCCCCUGCCCUCCCCUGGGAAAGGACCGUGAGGAAUGUCAAGAAUCUGGAUCAGUGGCUCUGAAGGACGGCGCGGUCCCCUCUGCAGCCAAAGGCUCUACCCCUGAGCUAUACCCCCGAGGUGCGGUCCCCUCUGAGCUGGGGCAGCCCAUGGAAGUCCCAGAAGCCCCGGCGAAAGCCACGAAGAGGAGGAGUUUGGAAGGAAUGAGGAAGCAAACCCGAGUGGAGUUCAGCGACACCAGCAGUGACGACGAAGACCGGCUGGUGAUAGAGAUCUGACGCCCGGCGCCAGGGGCCGUCUCCGCUCAGACUGGCGAGGCCCCCCCGGGAGACACUGCCAGGCCGGCAGGACCCCCCAGCUCUGGCCACGAAGCACCGAAGGGUUGGGAAAGCCGUUCGGGUUUUUUCCAAGACAUCCCCCACAAAUCCAAACCCGGGGCUCAGCCUCAGCCUUCCCCAGCUCCCCUGGGCCCACCCCGCUGGUGUUCAUGGGGUGCCAGGCGGGGCAAAGGGGGGUGUGCAGCAAAAUCUAAGAAUGCGCGACACAGCGGCGGUGGCUGCCUCCCAGGGCAUCCUCUGCUCCCCCUAACGUGGCAUCAACCACGACAGCCACGUGUUAUCGACAAGUGCACCCCAUAGAGUCCAGGCAGCCAACAUCCUCGUCGGUAAACUGAGGCUGAGCACCCGCAGGUUAACUGGGGGACGGGGCAUGAACGGGGCACCACGUUACUCCUGUUUAUUCUGGAGACGCACUUCAGAGUCAUUCAAAAGCUGAAGUUUGGUCAGAAGGACCCUCCUCCUUCGCCGAAGCUGUAAAUAUCCUUCCAAGUGCGCGUGAUCCGGUGAGACGCUGCUGAUCAGUCGGUGUCGCCCACACCGCCGACGCGUGCGUGUGAUUCCCUGACACACGCGCGUCUUGUGGCUGGCGCUCCUGCUGCCGAGACCUCUGAAACUUGUUCUCCCCAACCCUGGCGAAGGAACGUCACGCGGAAAGUUAACAGAACACUCUGGAAUGAGUCAUUAUUGGGAGGGGGGAAAUUCACUUAUUUCCCUCCGUUCUCUCUGUCAUGGUGUGCUCUGAGCAAUUUCAAUUAGAGGGUUACAUCUUAGUAAUCUCUGCAGCUUCAACCGAUGCCUGCUCGUCGUGAUGGGGGUCUUUCGGUUCCCUCCCAGAGCUUCAAGGAUACAAAACUAAUUGGGGUUUUGACGCUGUUGUACAUCUCAGUAAUUUUAUUUGGGGGGCUUGGUGUUACUUUGCUGUCAAAUUGAAUCAGCCUCUGUAUUGUGCCAGUCAGAACAGCACAGGGAAAAAGAAAAUCCGGCGUAUUCCAAGCCAGUGCACCCGGCGCAGAACAAAAUAGCUGGGAUACGUCCCCCAACUCAGUGCUCAGCCCCGGACGCCCGCCUUCCUGCCCUUCUCCGUACGUGGGGGAGGAAGGACUUACGGACAUACAGUGCUGCAUUUCGAUAACGUUUUAUACUUGUUUUUGGUAUGGUUUUGUACAACCCGAAAUUUAUAGCUCAGCUCUUUUGGCUUCAAUUUGUUGUAACGAUGUCCCCGUGUCAUCUUGCACGUCCAAGGCAGCGACGGCACCUCUCUCCCGGGGCACGCGCUUCGACACUCCCGGUACUGAGGAUGGGCCCGUUUCAAGGAACUUCAUGUGGGUUUUCCAGGGAUGGGGUUCUUUUUAAAAAAAUAAUUUUUAUUUAUUGAUUUUAGA